CCCAAUAGAUGGCUGUAUUGCUGAUGAUGAUAUCUACAACGGUCUCUCUGACCAGAUUGAUGAAACAGUGGAUGAGGAUGAUGACCUUUAUGACUGUGUGGAGGAUGAGGAGAAUGAGGGGGAUGAGAUAUAUGAAGACCUGAUGAGGGCCGAUGAGCCAUCGGAGACGCAGAAGAUGGAGGUGGAUAAGAGAGAAUGCUGCCUGCAGGAGAUCAGACUGACAGAGGAGAAAUACACUGACACGCUGGAAUCCAUAUUACAGCACUUCAUGAAGCCCCUCCAGAAGUUCCUUCAGCCUCACGACAUAGAGAGCAUCUUCAUCAACACGGCGGAUCUGGCUGUAACCCAUCGUAGUCUACUGGGGGAGAUCCAGACCUCGAUCUUAACCCUGAAUGCCGAGAACCUUUACCAGGUCUUCAUCAACUACAAAGAGAGGUUGUUGCCGUAUGGGCGGUACUGCAGUCAGGUGGAAGCAGCUACUAAACACCUGGACAAGAUGUCCGCCAUGAAGGAAGGAGUUAAGAUGAAACUAGAGGAGUGCUCUAAGAGGGCUAACAGUGGCAGGUUCUCUCUGCGUGAUCUACUCAUGGUUCCCAUGCAGAGAGUCCUCAAAUACCACCUACUGCUCCAGGAGCUGGUGAAACACACCUCCAGCAAUACAGAGAAAGAAAACCUUCGGACGGCUCUAGACGCCAUGAGAGACCUGGCUCAGUGUGUGAACGAGGUAAAGAGAGACAACGAGAUCAUCAAACAGAUCACCACCUUCCAGUUGUCUAUAGAGAACAUGACUCAGUCUCUGGCUCUGUACGGACGACCCAAGAUAGAUGGAGAACUGAAGAUCAGCUCCUCAGAGAAGAAGUCCAAACAGGACAGGUAUGCGUUCCUGUUUGACAAGGCGAUGCUAGUGUGUAAGAAGAAGAGUGGAGAGACGAUGGAACUGAAGGAGAUUAUAGACCUGCAGUACUACCAGCUACGAGAUGAGACCACCGGGGAGAAAGACAGCAAGAAGUGGUCACAUUUUUUCCUGCUUAUAGACUGUUAUGGGAAGUCAGGAUACGACCUUUUCUUCAAGACCAGAGAUCUCAAGAAGAAAUGGCUGGAGCAGUUUGAGAUGGCCCUGUCCAACAUGUGUCCAGAGAACUGUACUGCCAACAGUCAUGACUUCCAGAUGCACUGCUUUGAAGAUACCACCUCCUGCAAGGCCUGCAGUAUGCUCCUCAGGGGGAUAUUCUUCCAGGGGUAUCGUUGUAGUCGUUGCAGAAUGGCCGCUCAUAAAGAAUGUCUGGGAAGAGUACCAGGCUGCGGACGCAACUCAGACCACUCAGGGAACAUGAAGAAGAAUAAGAAGUCAGCUCCUCACAGACAAGCCAGUCCAGGCCUUCCUACAAUGGAGGUGUGUCAGGAGUACUAUGGGUUACCUCCGCCCCCUGUAGCGUUCGGCCAACCACUGCACCUCUCCAUGGGUGAUGUCAUCGAACUGACAAGAGCCGAUGCCAACCUAACGUGGUGGGAGGGCAAGAACGUGACGAUUGGUCAGAUGGGUUGGUUCCCCUGCAGUAAGGUCCAGCCCUUCAUCUCUAGACCAACUCCCGACCUAUCCGACUUCCUAUGGUUUGCGGGGAACAUGGACCGGUCAGAGGCGAAGAACCUCCUGAUUUCACGGUCGGACGGAACGUUUCUGGUCCGCCAGAAAGACGGAGGAGAGUUCGCAAUCAGCCUCAAGUUUAACAUGGACAUCAGACACAUCAAGAUCACGUCAACAGAAGGCCUCUACCGCAUCAACGAGAAGAAAGCAUUCAAAGGGUUAAUCGAGAUGGUUCAGUUCUACCAGCAACAUUCAUUGAAGGAGUAUUUUAAGGAUGUGGACACCACCCUCCAGACCCCCUUCAACCAGCCUGAACAGAGUGAUACACCCUUCAACACACCCUCCCCAGGUGGCAGUGUGCGUUCAUUCGGCACAGCUAGGGCCAGGUACGACUUCUCAGCCAGAGACCGUACAGAGCUGUCUCUGAGAGAAGGAGACACAGUCAAGGUCCUGUCUAAGAAAGCUCACAAUGGAUGGUGGAAAGGAGAGGUCUAUGGACGGGUCGGUCUGUUCCCAGCUAACUAUGUAGAAGAGGAUUACUCUGAAUACUGCUGAUGUCGCCUCACUGUCACACCUUCACAUGUGUGUGAAAGAGACAGUGUGUCCCAAUUCAACCCCUACCCCUUCCCUUGGCCCUAACCAGUGCAGUCAAAAAUGUGAUUUUACUGUUUUGUUUUUUUCAACAAUAUCUCCACACUAUGAGGUUGAAAUAACACUCUGAAAUUGUAUAAAAUUACGAUAAUGUCCUUUUGAAAACAAUGCUUGGAAUUUCAACCUGUUCAGGUGGGAUGGAGUUUUUGACCCACAGCAUGACAUCACAAUCUGAUCUGAUUUUUCUGACCAAUGACCAGUCAUCUUUUAUUUGCAUAUUUCUCCACCUACUUUGAAGGGGUAAGCUGGGUAGGCUCUAGUGCAGGGAUGAGCAGCUCCAGUCCCACUGUUUCCCUAGCAAACACAGCUGAUUAAACUGACUGUAAUUCUCAACUGAAGAACAUGAUCAUUGCAUUACUGGAGUCAGGUGUCUUAGUUGGGGCGGAAGUGUGACAACAAUCAGGCCCCCGAGGACUGGAGCUGCCCAUCCCUGCUCUAGAGUCUAGACAAUCCUAUCCGCCAAUCAGAGCUGUGCAUGUAAAUAUAUUUAAAUUUCUAUCAACACACCGACACGAUCAGACAGAGCAUUCCAAUUGGUGAAGGAGGCUCAGGGAAAUAAAUUAUAAAACAUUUAUUUGAAGUUAUUUUCAUGAAGUAAACACAGUGAUUUAUUAGACAUCCAGUGAUGAUUAAAAAUUAAAAAGACUGCGUGGAGGCGAUUAAAUGUUUGAUCUGCAAGAUAGAGGCAAUAUGGUGGAAGCCUUACCACGACCAUAGAGAAUGAUAGAGGCCUCUAGUGGCCAAAGGGUUGUAUUAGCACGGGGCAGCACCAUUGAGGGCUUCCACCAUUUCAAUGUCGUCAACUGGCUGGGACUUCCAACUUCAUUGGCUGAUCCCUACCUGGUGACCUUGUUGGGAGUCAUGUGCAGCCCGGGUCAUCAGGAGGUAUCAGCCAAUCGUGAAGAAGAAAAUGGGACUACUUCAAAAUGGCUUCAAUGGCACUGCCCAUGAUGUCACAGACGCCGUAGUGGGACGGAUACAAUGAUACGGCCUCUUUCCAUCUCUAUGACCCCCCCCCCCCCCCACUACACACGGAUACAAUGAUAUGGCCUCUUUCCAUCUCUAUGACCCCCCCCCCACUACACACGGAUACAGCCCUGGUCAGACGUGUUAAUGUCGAGGGACCCCCUGGCUUCCUCCUGUGUGUAGAACUCAAUGCACUGAUCCAAUGUUUCUGCUGUGAAUAAACCCUCUGACGUA